UCCACGUUAGACUGAAGGAAAGGACCGCGAACACGUUUAGUCUGUGAAUUAAAUGGUUUGCAAUGUUUUCAAAGGGCACGAUGCAGAAAGAUGGCAAGUUACCGACGUUACAGCAAGUGUCGGAAAGAGAGUCCUCACACUAUCUGAGUAGCAGCCAGGUCCUGGGUUUAAGCCUUCAACAGCAAAGCAACCAUGCAAAGCUAAAAGGAACAAUUGGGGAAUCUUGUACUGGUCACUUGUCCACCUGGCCAGCUCAUUUAUCAUCACAGAUAGUGCCGCAAACGCGCAAGCCACAUUCCCCGACAGAGAACAAAAUUCACGGCUGUGGCGAGGAGUUCUCGAGCAGCGUGUCGAAGCCUCGGUUUCUGGAGCAGCUGGAAACCUACCUGAGGAAGGAGCUGCAGUCCCUCGACCCCAGCAAACCCAACGCACAGGAGCUGAAGCUUCAGGCAUACCAAGAAGUUUUCGAGUAUUUCAUUGAGGAUUUCAAAACCUACAAGCCCUUGCUGUCAGCGAUUAAAAACGAAUAUGACAUAACUUUGGCAUAUCUAAGAGACCAGAUCCGCACACUGGAGCCUCUGAAGGCAAUGGUGGUGACAGUCUCGGAGCAAUGCAAUCAGAAAAUAAUGGCUCUGCGAGAGGAUGAGAGAGCUGAAAUCAAAGCCCUGAAGCAGGAGAAAGUCCAGCUGCUGAAACGCAUAGACCAACUGAGGGAGAACCAAGUCGGCCUGCAGGCUCAGGUGGCCAGAAUGCAGGAAGACUUGGCUCACCAGUACCUGCUCUAUCGGGACGAGGCCGAUUCCCGCAAGCUGCUCAUCUCAGAAAUCAACACAAUGAGGUUCCUGGAAGAUGACCUGAAACACUUACAAACACAAGCGGUGGCAGCAGAGGACCCUGUGAAGAUGAAGCUGGCUCUGAAAGUGGCCCGGGAGGACCUGACCCAGCUGCAAGUGGAGCUGAACUGCAUGAAGGCUGAUUACGGGGAGGUGGUGCCCCGUAGGGACUUCGAGUCUCUGGAGAGGAACCACAAGGAAGCCCUUGCCCAGAAAGCUACCUUGCAGAAGGACUUUGGUCAGCUGAAGGAGGAGUAUGACACCCUCCUAGACAUCCACAAGCAGAUUUCCAACCAGAGAGACAAAGUCAGCACUGAGCUGGAGCACAUCAAAGGCAGAUCGACCCCCAGACCCAAAUGGCAAAAAUGUGCAGAGGUGAUCUCCGGGGGAGCUGACCACUGGCACCUGCUCUCCAAGGGUCUAAGCAGUGACCAGCUGGUGGACGUGCUGCUGGCAGAGAUUGGGGGCAAGGAUGUCAAAGAGAAGGAGUUCUUCGAUGGGCUGGGGAAAGGCGAUGCAGUCCCUGUGUACCUGCGCUAUGAGGGUGCCAUUCAGAAUCUGAAGCUGAAGAAAAUAGAGAUUGUGGACAAAAUAAAGGAGAUCUGGAAAGAGAAGGUUUCUGCAGAUCAGCAGAAAGGGGAGAGACAAAGCCUGGACGAGUUUUUCCACGAGUACCUUCAGAAGAAGCACGCUGACUCAGCCUCGAAAUGGGCAUACAGCAUCCAGGAGGGCUGUAGGCUUUACAAGGACGAUGACUUCAUCAACCUCUUCUUCAACAUCCUGACAGGAAAGGUGGAUGAAGGUGUGUACCACGGCCAGAUUCACCUGAUCUCUCACCUGUUAAAAGAACUGAGGCACAGCGAUUCUUCAGAGAAGGGCUCCCUGAGCAAAGAGAAAUUUAGGCAAGCAUUAAGCAGAGCCUUCCCGCUGAAAAAUCAGGAACAGAUUCAGGAGCUGAUCCAAGCUGCAGAAUCCCAGCAGGGUCACUUGGAGGAUUUGAACACCAUCAACUAUGAACUCUUGUUUUCUGAGUUUGCUGAAGAUAAAGUCAGGAACUUCCUUACUUUGUUGAGAAAACAGGCAACUGCAGAAAAGCAGAAGUACCUCACAGCGCUGACAAAGGAGUUGGGCAGCAGGACAGAGGUUAAAGUCGCUGAGCUGAGGACUGCCUUUCAAAGCAUCGACCCAACUGUGGAUCCACAGACUGUGGAAAGUUACAUCUGCCUGGCUUUCCAGACAAAGGACUUGGAGCAGGCUGCCCCUGUGGAUGUCAACUCAGCCAUGCAACGGCUCUUAGCUGCAGACGUCAAGAGGACGGGGCCUGGGCCAAAAGAAGACUAACAAACUCACAGCAGGACUCUGCAGUGCCAAUUCUCUCUCAGUCUCUCUCUGUAAAAUGUAUUCUACAUCUGCACUUCAUCCUGUUUCAGGGCAUCAAUAAUAAUUUCAGUCAGACAAUUAUAUUCAAAUUUUUAUUGUAUUUCCAAAGAGAACCUUUUUUUAUUGCAAUUAUACAAAAUGCCUGGCAAUAGCAAUAAUUUAACAAAUACACUUAAAAUAGACUAGACAACAUAAAUAAAUAACUAGGGCACGGGUAAGUCAUCUGAAUCUUAUUAAAAAUAUAUAUACACACACAUUAAUAUUAAUAUAUAUCAUUAAACAGAAAGCAUGCCUUAAUUUGCUGUAUCAUUUAGUUUGGACUUCUGGUCUCUCGACCCCACCCAUUUCAUAACUGUUUAAUUGAACAAACUAAACCUCCAUCCAGACCCUGAAGCAGUUACUGAUCUCAAUAAACCAGCAGUGGAGUGGCCCUCCAGGACUGUGAUUGGACUAGCAGAUACAGCAGCACAAACACACAACCUGACAGAGUAAGACAGCAACACUAGCAACAAUGACAGAGCCUAUAGUCACACUGUAAGCAGACCAAGCAAAGUUUUGAAUACCUGGGCCUGGAAGCUCCUGGACUGGAUGCCUGCUCAUGGUCAUCAUCCCUCACAGGUCUGUUAGGAACCACCAGCUGUCAGGUUCUGCAAAAGGAAAAACAAUGGAUUUAAUUCUCCGUUAACAGCAGCUUUAACCAAAGGUUUUGGAGUAAAUGCAUUUCUGCAUCAACACCUAAAAAUAUACAUUUUAUUUUCUAUUAAACUUUGGAUUGUAACAAGGUCUCGGUUUCUGGGCUGUUUAAAAGGCACGUACGUGUUAGAAUGAUCUUUUGGAGAAGACCUCUCAGUGUGAAUUCAUCCAGCAGCUCUUGGUUUCCCAGCACUCUUGGGCAGAUCAGUGAUUUGUUCAGCUUCAAAGGCAUUUCAGUCCUGACAGGGUGUGGAGAUUUGAUCACACUCUCCCAGAAAAAAAAAAAAAUUACAUUAAAAAAAGAAGAUACAUACAGAUUUGUGUUUUGUUUCUAAAGGAGGAGAAAGUUCAAGGCUUACCUGUAGUAUCUUCUGUUUCUGUUUACUACGGAAGUCAAGCGAGGGAGACAUGAGUCCAAUGUCUUGACUCUGGAGUCCUGCACUCCUCCUUUUAGCAUUGCCACUCUCCAACUUCGAUUCUCUAAAAGGAAGGAAAAGAACGAAUGGCCCAGUUGAUAAAGAUGCUGAGGGUGUGUGUGUGGCCUCUGCUGUUGCCCUUUUCCUGUUCACCACCCAGCAGGUGGCGCUAUGUGGCAGUUUUGAACCACCUUGCUAUGCUGGCAAGCUACAUAUUAUGACUCCUAAUAAAUGUUCACUAACGUGCGCUUUAACCAGAUCGGAGUCUUAUUGGGCUCUGUACUCAUCAAGCUUUGAGCAAGGUGCGCUCGCUGACAUCUUCGUCUGGGGAAUUCAUUUUGACUCAGCCUGAAGAUUCAGAAAAAAAAGCGGAGUUACACAAAGGCAAUGUGUAAAUCAAGCACUGAUAACAAUAAAUGGAUACAAUCAAUCAAUAAAUAAACAAAUAAAUAAAAACAGCGCAGUAGACACAGGUGAAAUAUAAGCAACAGGUGAAAUAUAAGCAACAGCGUGACGAGGGACAGCAAACAACUCUUACCUUUUCCUUUUUGUCCGAGAAUAUGGAAGACGAGGAUCCCUCGCUGCAAAUGAAAACGUCUUAAUUAUGUGUAAACCACAAUGACGCUGAUUUGUAUGUCACAACAGUAUAAACAAAGUUACAAUACAACGCCAGAGCGUACUGUGUAUUUGACUUGCU